UCCUCUGUUGGCUCAGGAAGAAUGGGUGUGUGAGGAAGGGGAAGUGGGGAUGUUGCUUUGAAAAGCCGCACAUAGGAUGGCGCCAUACGCAUUUCAAAACGACCGGUAAACAAGCAACAAGGGGUUACACUUGCUGGUGUGAAUUCAACGACACUGAAGACCACAACUAUGCGGUAGUUAGGUCUGCGCAAGAAGCACUGCGUCCGACGCGCAAUUUGGUUACAGGCUGUCCAGUAGAAAUCCACGGCCUCAUCCCCAAACCUCCACACCAUGCUUCACACUUUACACCAGCACAGCACAGCACUGUUGUUUCUGCUGUCACUGUGGCUCACCAGUUCACAUGGGAAGUGUGUGUUUGAUGAGGUGCAGCAAUCAAUUACUGUAACAAGAGCAGAAGAGUCUACUGUAAAGAAUAGAUCAACUGGCAGCUGGGCAGCAAAGCAGAGCAGAACCAACAUCCAGCGACAUCCUGCUGUAGCCAGAGGAAGUGCUUCUUCUCAGCAUCUUCAGGUUCAGAGACAGAUGGAAAGGGCCAUGAUGAUAGCCAUGUCACCCAUCAGGAUUCAUACUUGGAUUGCUCAGGAGAGCAGCGCACUAUCUGAGGUGGACAGAGAAAGAUUGGCUGUAGCUGUCAACCACACUGUGAGCAUCAUAUCCAGUUUGCUUUCAGUGAGGCACACUGCCGGUCCUUUACUUCUAAGCAGAGACAUCAACAAGUAUUGCAAGUUCAUAUGGAGGAAUGUGAGUGCAACCAACUACAACAGGUGUGGCCGGGCGAACAGCAGUUACAAGAAUGAAACCUGCCUGAGUGUCACUAUACCUGAUGAUCAUCUAAGGGGAUGUGCUGUCUUCCAUCACCCUGAUGCUCCUGACAGGACAGAGCUUAGGCAUGAGGGGGCGGGACUAAAUAAUACAGAUUUCCUGUUGUAUGUGCACAUCCAAAACUCUCACCGAUGCACCACACAGCCCAGUAUGUUGGCCUAUGCAGCCCACUGCCAGUCUGACCCUUUGGGCCGACCGCUGGCAGGAACAGUAGUCAUCUGCAGAGAUCGACUGAGGCACCAGAACUACAGGCAUGACUCUACUGUGCAGCUCCUUCUCCAUGAGUUGUUACAUGUUCUGGGGUUUUCCAGAACACUCUUCAACACCUGGAGAGACUGCUCCCACAAUAUCAAAGGUGGCGGGAAAUGCUCCCCUCAUGGCCAGGUGACUAACUUGGAUGAAGAGGGCCAGAUGCGGAUCUACACACCAUCAGUAUCGCACGUGCUUCAGGAGCAUCUCAACUCUACCGACACUACUUUGGGAGCUCCUCUUGAAAACCUGGAUGUUGACUCCGCUGGGCUUUCAUCCCACUGGGAGGCUCGAGUUCUCCAAGGUUCCAUCAUGUCCGCCACCCUGGCAGAGCCCUCCGGCGUGCAGAUCGACCAGAUUACCCUGGCAGCGCUGCAGGAUACAGGCUGGUACUCGGUCAACCUCAGCCGAGCCCAAAGCCUAGUGUGGGGGCAGGGUGAAGGCUCGCUUUUUGGUUCACUGCCUACUUGUCAUGACAACAUGUCUCUGUACUUCUGCACUGGAAGUGGGCUGGGCUGUCAUUACCUUCAUGUCCACAAGGCGGAGUGCGUGACUGACCUGUACCUUGAGGGGUGCCGCAUUUACAAACCUUUGGAAAAUAAGAGUGAAUGUUGGAAAGAGAAGAACCAACCUGGUGGUGUGGGAUGGAGUGGAGAGAUCUAUCACUCAGACAGUCGCUGUUUCUUCUCCAACCUCAGCAAAGAGAGCACUAUUUCUCACAGUAUUCCUCUGGAAGGCCGUUGCUACAGGCACAGAUGUAAGGGGCUACACAGGUACCAGAUACAAGCAGCAGACACAGACUGGAUGGACUGUCCAGCAGGAGGCACCAUUGAGGUGCCAGGAUACAGAGGUGUUGUAUUUUGCCCAGAGAGAAUAUUAUGUUCUCAUGUGGGCUACGUCACUUCGCUGAACACUGAGAACCACUGGAUUCUUGCUGCCCUUGGCUCUGCACUGGCUGACCUAAAGUACCCUCAUGUGCUGCUCACAACAACACAUCCUGAAGUGACCAGAGAGAUGGAGCCUUUUAACCCAAAGUCAUGGACAAGUCCAGUUGCCAUUGUAUCAAUCCUAGUGGCCUGCACUUCAUCCUUGGUCAUCUGUGUCUUGGGAGUUGCCUACAAGGCCUUUCAUUCCCAGGUCAGAGUUUAUGCAGAGCCAUCAAACGGAUAAAAAGUAGAGUAGAGUAACUUUAUUAAACUUUAAUAUAUUAAGGUUAAAUGGCUACUACUCAGGGCAGCGCCCCAGGAAGGUCCUGAGGCAUUUCAACUCACGUAGGAGUCUUUGACAGCCCACUUACCCUUAAGUGUGCUUGCACACACAGACCUAAUGGACAACACCUGCUUGUGAUAGUCUAAGAGUAUGAUGGUUUGGAUAAACCUUGAUUAGGCUUAUUCAUUGUUUAACUUUCAGUGUUAAAAUUCUUGACUCAUAGGUGCCUGAAAGGGAGGAUGCAGUGGUGCAUUUGCAUCCCCACUUUUAGGCAGCCUAAAUGAGGCUCUCUCAACUUUUAGAGCAGACAAGUGAGUGGAGUGCAGCAGCCGUAACAUUGUUAAGAAAUUAAGAAUUAAGGAAAAAAUUGCACCACCACUUUAAGACUCGUUCCGUCGCCUUUGUCUUGACUGUACUCAUUAGAAAUCCUCAAUAAUCAAAAGUAUAAGAAGCUAUGCACAGUUUCUAGGUGCUGGUAAAAACAGAAAAAAAGGUUUACCACACACUUGUUUGACGACUUUGCUCUUUUUAUUUUUUCCUUUUGAAAACUCAAUAUUGACGGGACAAUUGGAGUACUAAAAAUGAGUGGCCUGUUCCUCAUGCUUCAGGUUGCUCUAGUCCUACAAAAGGUUAGAUUGCCCAGGCAUAGGUUUACUAAAGGGUUUAGACAACCAUGACAUACAUCCAAUACAAUUUGGCCCAUAACAUUGUCAGAAGUGAUCCAAUUGUACAUGUAAAACACAGCUUUUGCUUUAAUAUAUACAAAUUGCAACAUGAUGUGUAAUAAGAAAUAUGCAUACAUGAAUAGCAUUUUUUUCCCCCAUUGUAAUUUUCCCCUUUGAAAAAAAGAGACUGCAGUCAUUUUAACAACUUUGCUUUUCAAAGGUAGAAAACACGUGUCACGUUUCAACUGUCUUUGGUGUAAAGUCUGUAAAAUGUAUAAUGCAACAAAUGUGUUAAGCUUCCCGGUCCAUACCAUUUCCAGGGUUCCCACUCUUAUUCAGAUAUAAACUUCCAUGAUUUUCCAUGACUUUCCAGACCAAAAAAAAGAGGAAUUUCCAUGACCACUUCCGUAAAAAGAAAAGACGCUAAAAGGUUUUUCAAAGUGUGAAAACUGACGAUGAUCUUCAACUUAAGAGCCAACGCCAAGGCAUUGCCAGACUUCAGUGGUCUCAUUGCAUUGAAUGUUGCACACUACCGCGCAAAAUCAAACAGUUUCUGGCGAAGCAUUGUAGUAUAACCAGUAAGAAUCAAAUGUCAUACACCAAACAAAAAUAGGUUUAGCUUUUACACAACUAUUAAGAAAAUUCCAUGAUAUUCCAAGACUCUGCAUGCAAAAUGGUAAAAUUCCAUCACUUUCCAUGACUAGGAGAACUUUUAUGAAAUUCCAUGAUAUUCCAGAAAUGCCAUGACCCGUGGGAACCCUGCAUUUCCAUUAUGGGAAAAAUUAUGUACGAUACCACCAUUUCAACAACUUCAUCAAAA